UUAAGCACAUGCAAUAGUUUCAUAAUGGAUCCUAAAAAGGCUGCGGAAUUCGCUGGACGAUUGAAGAAAGCUGGACCUAAAGGCUUUGGGGCUGGCUUAGGCAUAUUUGCACUUGCUGGAGGGAUUUACGGCCUAACACAAUCUUUUUACACAGUUGAUGGUGGACACAGGGCUAUAAUCUUUAGCAGGUUGUCUGGCAUUAAACCUGAUAUAUAUGUGGAAGGACUACAUUUCAGAGUGCCAUGGUUUCAAUAUCCCAUUAUUUAUGAUAUUCGGUCAAGGCCUCACAAAAUCUCUUCCCCAACUGGAAGCAAAGAUUUACAGAUGGUUAACAUCUCUUUGAGAGUCUUGUCUAGACCAAAUGCCUUGUCAUUGCCUCAAAUUUACAGGCAACUUGGCACAGACUUUGAUGAGCGCGUGUUACCAUCUAUUUGUAAUGAAGUCUUGAAGAGUGUUGUGGCCAAAUUUAAUGCAUCUCAGCUCAUCACUCAGCGUCAACAAGUUUCACUGUUAAUCAGGCGUGAGUUAACUCAGAGAGCUAAAGAUUUCCACAUCAUUCUGGAUGAUGUCUCUAUCACAGAGCUUAGUUUUGGCAAAGAGUAUUCAUCAGCCGUUGAAUCAAAACAGAUUGCCCAACAAGAUGCACAGAGAGCCCAGUUUUUGGUGGAGAGAGCUAUUCAAGAGAAACAACAGAAGGUAGUACAGGCUGAGGGAGAGGCUGAAGCUGCCAGGCUGAUUGGUGAAGCCAUGAGCAUGAACCCUGGCUACCUCAAGCUUAGGAAGAUCAGAGCUGCCCAGAAUAUAGCUAGAACAAUUGCCCAAUCUCAGAACAGAGUGUACUUGAAUGCAUCAUCCUUGAUGAUGAACAUUGGAGAGGAGAGUUUUGAUAUCGCUGCUGACAAUCUUUACACCAAGAGAAGGAAAUGAAAAUAACAAAAGUAUCAAGUGUAGAGAAUUUUCAGAGUUUAAAAAAUAAUUGUAAUGUUGAGGGCUUGGAACGUCAUUAAUGUUCGUAGUUGAACUUCUCUGCAUUUAGAAUCUGUUCACACUCUUGUGUUGCAUUAAGAUUUUUCUAGGAUCAUGUGAUUGUGUUGAUUUUAAUAGAUUUUUUUUUCCAACUCUUCUUGAAUGUAAAGAAAAAUUUGUGUCUAUUGGACCACAACAUUAUUUGUAAUAAAAAAAAAUAUUUCUACUGUA